AGGCACGGCCAUUCAAGAUGCAGCCAGGUGUCCUGGCCGCCUGCCUCCUCUUGAGCUGGACUCAUUGCUGGUCCCUGCCCCUCCUCAACAGUAGUGAGGAUGAUGAUUUGUCCGAGGAAGACUUCCAGUUUGCAGAGAGCUACCUGAGAUCAUACUACCAUCCUCUGAAUCCUGCGGGAAUCCUGAAGAAGAAUGCAGCGGGCUCCAUGGUUGACAGACUCCGAGAAAUGCAGUCUUUUUUCGGCUUAGAGGUGACAGGCAAACUUGAUGACAACACCUUAGCUAUCAUGAAACAACCGAGAUGCGGGGUCCCUGAUGUGGGUGAAUACAAUGUCUUUCCUCGAACACUCAAAUGGUCCCAAACAAAUUUAACCUACAGGAUUGUGAAUUAUACCCCUGAUUUGACUCAUUCUGAAGUUGAAAAGGCCUUCAAAAAAGCUUUCAAGGUUUGGUCUGAUGUGACACCUCUGAAUUUUACCAGAAUUCACAAUGGCACUGCUGAUAUCAUGAUCUCUUUUGGAACUAAAGAGCAUGGCGACUUCUACCCAUUUGAUGGACCUUCUGGUCUUCUGGCUCAUGCUUUUCCUCCUGGACCAAAUUAUGGAGGAGAUGCCCAUUUUGAUGAUGAUGAAACUUGGACAAGUAGUUCCAAAGGCUACAACUUGUUUCUUGUUGCUGCCCAUGAGUUUGGCCAUUCCUUAGGUCUUGACCACUCCAAGGACCCAGGAGCCCUCAUGUUUCCCAUCUACACCUACACCGGCAAAAGUCACUUUAUGCUUCCUGAUGAUGAUGUGCAAGGAAUCCAGUCUCUCUAUGGUCCAGGAGAUGAAGACCCCAACCCUAAACACCCCAAAACACCAGACAAAUGUGAUCCUUCCUUAUCCCUUGAUGCCAUUACCAGUCUCCGGGGAGAAACAAUGAUCUUCAAAGACAGAUUCUUCUGGCGUCUGCAUCCUCAGCAGGUGGAUGCAGAGCUGUUUUUAACGAAGUCCUUUUGGCCAGAGCUUCCCAACCGCGUUGAUGCUGCCUACGAGCACCCCACCCGUGAUCUCAUCUUCAUCUUUAGAGGUAAAAAAUUUUGGGCUCUUAAUGGCUAUGACAUUCUGGAAGGUUAUCCCCAAAAGUUAUCUGAACUGGGAUUCCCAAAAGAGGUUAAGAAGAUAAGUGCAGCUGUUCAUUUUGAAGACACGGGCAAGACCCUCUUCUUCUCCGGAAACCAAGUCUGGAGCUAUGAUGACACUAAUCAUACCAUGGAUCAAGACUACCCUAGACUGAUAGAAGAGGAAUUCCCAGGAAUUGGUGACCAAGUAGAUGCUGUCUACGAGAAAAAUGGUUAUAUCUAUUUCUUCAAUGGACCCAUACAGUUUGAAUACAGCAUCUGGAGUAAGCGAAUUGUUCGAGUCAUGCCAACAAAUUCCCUGCUGUGGUGUUAAGCAUCUUUUUAAAAUUGCUAUUUAAAUCCUGGAGAGUGUCUGGGACAAUAAUACUUCCAGAAAUCUGGAGGUGCAAGGAGGAGAGGUUUCAGGGCAAAGCUUAGUUCUGUGAACAAGCUUCAGGAAGUUAACUUUGAAUGUCCAGUAUCUGUGUGAUUAUGCGUGGCAGGCUCCACAAUGAAGAAUUUUUAUAGUACAAUUGAGUACCUCCAGGCAUCACCUGAUUCUUCAGUGCUAUGCGGAAGCAAUGUUGUAUAUUUCCCACACCAAAACAGGAUGCAGGGUUUGUCAAUGAGAGUUAGAAUAUUUUAAAAUAUAUUUAUGAGGAAACUUUACACAGGGAUAAAGGUAAAUCACAUUUAUGUAAUUACUGAAUCAUCUUUACUAAAAAGUAUAAAAUAGUAUGAACAUAUAAUUCAGUAGGAGCAUUAUGGUAAUCAUAAAUCAACACAGAUAAAUCAAUGGGAAUGCCUAUCAUAAAUGAAUUAUAGACAAAUUUCCAAACAAAUAAUUUGGAUUUUGCCCUGAGUAUUCAGAUGGGCAUAUCCCUCUAAGAAAACAUCACAGUCACUAAAGACAGGAGACAAAGACCAAAGGUGAGGACUGUAGAUUUGGUCAUGGAAUUCUGAAUAAUAUCCACUUUCAGCCAUGGCUCAAGGGCUGCUUUCAAAUAAGACAAAUAUUUAUUUACAUAUUUAUACCAGAUAAAGAGAGAUGCUCUUUUUAUUAAAAUAUUCUAGGUCUUUCAGAAGUCACACAGUAAAGCAUUAGAAUUGUUACCUAAAUAACUUUAGGUCAUGGCAUCACUUUUUCAUGUCAUUUGGUUAUUUAAGACUAAAAGUAGCAUACUAAUCCUAUUUUAUCUAAGUAUUUUAAUUAUCCACUUUAUGUUGGAUCUAUAGGUUAUUUUCUAAAUACUUAUAUGGCAAGAAACAAAAUAUGUCUUACAAAAUGGAAAUACAAAUGUUAAAAUAGAGACAUCCAAAAUAAAGGAAACCAUCUACCAGAUUGUGAUUCUCCUGAGACAGGGGGCUGUGCCUUUUUUCUCUACUUUGUGUUUAAUCACCCAGCACUUUUCAGAACAUCUGACACUGGGUAGCACACUUGGCACUUACUAAAUACAUGAAUGACCAUAAGGGAAGAACUGUUGUGCCUGAGAGAUCAUGUUUGUAAAAACUUAGGCAAAGAAAGCAAAUGUAUAUUUGCAAAAUGUAUUAGGAGGUGUCUAUGUUUAUAAUAAAAUAUUUUCA